AUGGAUGAGGACUAUGCUGCUGGCUCCGUGGACGCCGACCGCGAGAUGACCCGGCUCUGGCGCACAUGGAGGACAGUAUUUGAGAUGUUACAGGACCGAGGCUACGAGGUCACCGAGGAAGAAGUUCAACUAUCUCUGGAGGAGUUCAAACAAAAAUAUUCCGAUCCGCUUGGAUAUCCUGACCGAAACAAGAUGAAGAUUAGCGCUCGACCCACAGAAGCUAUGCAAGCGAAAUACACCCCUCUGCCGAGCAAAUCCAACCGCGACCCCCAGCCCGACUGCGGCACCGUGUACGUUGAAUUUUGCUCCGACUCGACUGGCGUUGGCACGAAGCAAGUCCGAGCGUUCAAUCACUUCGUCGAUGAGAACAACUUUCACACGGGUAUCUUCAUCACGCAGACCCCCAUCUCGCCCUCCGCCGUACGUCUCCUCAGUGGCAUUCCCGGUCGCAUCUGCGAGCAUUUCCAGGAGCAGGAUUUGCUGGUCAACAUCACCCGGCACGAACUGGUGCCGAAACACGUCCUACUGAGUCCCGAGGAGAAGGCCCGAUUGCUGGAACGGUAUCGUCUGAAGGAAUCGCAGUUGCCGCGGGUCCAGGUGUCGGAUCCCGUGGCUCGAUACCUGGGUUUGCGUCGCGGUCAAGUCGUCAAGAUUAUUCGGAAGAGUGAAACUGCCGGUCGGUAUGCCAGUUAUCGCUGGGUAAUUUAA